CGUUCUCGGCGUCUCUGCCUGCCGCUGGAGCAGGGCUUCCUUCUUCUCCACCAUCACGAGCAGCGACACCGUCUGCGCUGCAUCCCUCAGCUUACACCUCGUCAGCAUGUCGCUCGUCGCCGCCGCCUCGGCGCACCUCGAGUCGCGGUACACGCUCGUGCUGCUCACCUACCUUGGCACCUGCGCCGUGCUCGUCGUCACGAAUGUCGUGCGUGCGCUGAGCUUCGGCGGCGGCGCCGACGCCGCCACGCGGGCCAAGUGGCUGGUGCUGGCUGCGGCGAGCCUCGGCGCGACGUGGUACUACAUGUUCGCCUUCCUUGCGCGCUCGUACAGCGACUACGCCGACGGCGUCGUGCUCAAGGCAUGCUCGCCGGCCUGGUCCGCGCAGUGUGCGCCGACAGUGGCGGCCUGGCUGCGCGACACGCGCCUCUUCGAGCAGGCCUGGGGCCACGUCGUCUCGGGCGCCACGCAGUGGUGGUGGAGCUCCGAGGUGUGCCUGUUGGCCGUCGGCGCAUGGAUCGUCAAGGGCCGCGAGGAGUCUGCGCUUGACCGCCUGCCGAACCUCUUCCUCCUCAUGCUGCUCGGCCAGGCCGUGGCCGUCUCCGUGGCGCUCUGCCUCACCUUCCUCACGUUGGCGCAGACGCCGUCCGUCUCGUUCCGGCCGACGCAGCCCGGCCGUCUCUUCAUCGCCGAGAUGGCGCUCAUGGCUGCCGGCGCCUACAGCGUUACGGAGCCGCCGACGACGCUGCUGCGUCUUGCCGCCAUGCACGCGCCGCCACUGGUGCUCUCGUUCCUGCCGGCGCGCCCCGUCCGGCGCAAGGUGCUCUACGCCUUCCUCUUCCUCUACUCUCUCAUGAUCCGCUACAAUCUCUCGCUCGAGAUCCGCGCAGCACUGCCGGCUGGCGCCAGCUUCUUUGCGACGCUGCGCGACACGCUCUGGUCGCACCCGGCACAGAGCUCCAUCGGCCUCGACAAUGUCUGCUCCACCGUCGCUGUGGCGGCAUACGUGCUGCAGGAGCGGAGCGAGCGCAAGGGCCCGCAGAGCACCGCCUGGAUCUUGGCGCUCCUCGCGCCGGUCCUCGGUCCGUCUGCAAUCCUCGCGGCGUGGGGCGGCCUGCGCAGCGUCGACCGCGAGAUCUUCGUUGGCCCGGAGGAGGCAGCCGCCGCAGAGGAGAAGAAGGAGCAGUAGACACUGGGAACAGAAAUGCAUUGCACUGCUCGUCUGUCCUCAGG